AUGCUGUCACCGCUAAUAGCGGCAUAUGGUGCUUCCGGUGUUGACGGUCUCUCCAAGCGACCUUUGGGUCCGCCACAUCGCAAAAGUAGUCUACCAAAGCAUCAGGAGGUGAGAAGGCGUUUCCUGGAAAUUUGUGAUACCAACUUCUCGGAUGAGGUGAAAGCUGCACUCCGUUUGCCCGCCUUCGAUUCGUACGAGUGGGGCGAUGCCGAUGUUAUACAUCUAAUGCAAACGAUGUUCCUCGAAUUGGGCUUCAUAGAUAAAUUCAAUAUACCGAUUGAGACGUUGCGCGAAUGGCUGUAUGAGGUCUACAAGCAUUACAACGAGGUGCCAUUUCACAAUUUCCGGCAUUGCUUCUGUGUGGCGCAAAUGAUGUACGCCAUAACCCGCCAUGCCAAUCUGCUGCAACGACUAGGUGACCUAGAAUGCCUAAUAUUGCUAGUGUCCUGCAUUUGUCAUGAUCUCGAUCAUCCAGGCUACAAUAAUAUCUAUCAGAUAAAUGCGCGCACCGAAUUGGCACUCAGGUAUAAUGACAUCUCGCCGCUGGAAAAUCAUCAUUGUUCAAUAGCAUUCCGCUUGUUGGAGCAUCCUGAGUGUAAUAUCUUCAAAAAUUUCAGCAGAGAUACAUUCAAAGAAAUACGUGAGGGUAUCAUACGUUGCAUUUUGGCCACGGACAUGGCGCGUCACAAUGAGAUACUAACACAGUUCAAAGAGAUUACACCCAUAUUCGAUUACUCAAAUCGUGCGCACAUCAAUUUGCUCUGCAUGGUGCUCAUCAAAGUGGCAGACAUCUCAAACGAAGCGCGUCCCAUGGAUGUCGCCGAACCUUGGCUUGAUCGUCUGUUACAGGAAUUUUUCGCACAAAGCGCAGCCGAAAAGUCUGAAGGACUGCCCGUCACACCCUUCAUGGAUCCGGAUAAAGUUAGCAAGCCCGGUUCACAGGUGCGUUUUAUCGGUUUGGUGCUAUUACCGCUCUUCGAAGCCUUGGGCGAUUUGGUGCCUGAAGUGAUUGAAUUGAUUAUAAUACCAGUGCGCAUAGCGCUCGACUACUAUAGACGCUUAAAUGAUGCUCAAAAUAAAUCGCGCAAAUCUGUCGCCGACGCCGCCUCCAUGGCCGCAUCGGACAAUAUUAGCGCUGCCUCGGAUGGUGGCGGCAGCACAACUGCUGUCGGCGGUACACAUGCUCAUAGUCCAGCGGCUGGUGCGAAUGGUCAGGGUGCAGCAGGUGCCAGCACCGCCUCAACGGGCACCAGCACAACUACCACAGCUGGCGCCGGUGGUGGCGGCUCCGGCAGUGGUGGCACCAACUCUGGCGGCAGUAUUUCACCACAAAUGCCACGCUCACAAUCGGGCAUUAGUGUGAAGUCCCGCCGGAGUAUACCAUCACAGAAAUCCGCUUCACGCACAUCCGUCGAUGAACCGCAAUGUUUGGCAGCUGAACUGCACGAUUUGCCGGAGGGUAGUGAGAGUGGCGAUUCGGAAACGGCUACGGAAGUGGAUGUCGCCGAGAAGACUUCCAAGUUCAAAGUGGACACCGAGGGCAGCAGCAAUCGCUCGAAAUCCUCUCAUUCGACGUCGCGUAAGUCCUCGCGUGAGAAGCGCCCCUCCAUGAUGGGUGAGAUGUGCAGCAGUGGCGGUGGUCAGCGCAUACGCAAUUCAUAUGGCAACAUACAUGGCUAUCACUCCAAUCGCUGUCACUUCAGCUCCAAUCGCGCCGUCAGUCUGGAUCAGUACAGCACCAAUAAUCGUCGCCUCUCCGACGGCCUGCAGCAGGUCAUCUCCGACAGCAAUGUCUUUUACAAUCGUCAGAAUCGUGGCAGCCUCGAGGCGACCGCCAGUCGGCUGGGCGAAGACUUGAAUAUGAAUGCGCCUGGCAUGGGGAGCGGCGUAGGUGGCGGCAGUGGUGGCGGUGCAUCUGGCGCCACACAGUCUUCCACGCAGCCGCUCAAUCCGAACAAUGUGCCAAAUGUGGAGUGCAGUGCCGGCAUGGCGGCACAUGUCAGCGGCGCGUGCACCGGUCAGCAGUCUUGUCAGCAUCAUCAUGCACACCAACACGUCCACACCCACCACCAGCAGCAGUACCAUCAACAACAACAGCAGCAUUUGCAGCACUUGCAGUCAUCAUCGAAUGGCAAUCUCUCGCCCACCCAAUUGCUGCAACCGAAAUUGCAGCAGCACUGUUGCGCCGCAGCAGCGGCUGCAGCAGCUGUCGCCGCGGCAGCCAACACGUCCAACGGCCUAGGCGGCAAUGGCGGCGGUGGCGCCACAAUUUCCAAAUCCUCCUGGAAGACACGGCUCAAACAGUUCUCCGACUACUUCGGCUUCUCCUUCGACAAAGGUGGCAAACGUUUCGGCAGCACACGCAGCUCGCCGUGUUCGGCGCGCAACAACAAUGCCACCGGCUUAUCGGGCGCACAUCAGAUAGCAGGUGGUGGCGCGUUUGAUCCGCUACUCGGAAGCAGUGGCAGCGCUGGCAAGCCUCAGAGUAUCUGCUGCACUAUUUCGAAUAAUCUGCAGUCACCAGGGCUGCGCCACAAGUCACUAGCAGCUGGCGCUGGACUGCCUACACAUUCGGAGCUGGUAAGUGCUGGGCGCCUGCGCGCCUACAGCCUGGACGUGCCCUGCAGCCACACAAGCAAUCCACGUUACAGCAGCAGCAGCGGCGGUGGAGGCGACAGCAGUCGCAAGUCAUCACGUCACGACGGUGGCACCACCGGCACCGGCGACGACAACAAUAGCAACAAUACGCUACACAGCAGUGGAGGCGGUGGCAGUGAAAUGCCCACUUGUCUUCCGCCACCCAUACGCAUAGGCAGCGUGGACGCCAGCGAUACGAUACUCAUUACAACUGGACUGCCGCGUGUCAUUACGCCCGCGCAACUCGGUGAGACCGAGCCAAGUUUGAGCAUCGAUUUAGGUAUGGCUAGUGGGUCUUCGUAUGAGCCCUCGAAGAUUUGACAACGGGGGAGCUCGGAGACAACAACGAAUUCGCUCUCGAAUAACGGUGCACUUGCAGCGCUGCUACAGCAGCAGCAGAUGCUGCAAAAAGAGGCAGCGGCGGCAGCCUCGGGAUCGCUGCGACACAGCUCCAGCUGUAAUAUGUCGUCGAUGUCGCUGACCAUUUGGUCGGCGCUGGGGCAGAGGCUCAGCGCGUUGGUGUGUCAUUGCUGCGAACGAAAGUUGCCCGAGCCGGAGAAUGUCUGAAGCGAAGAGUAGAAAGGUCUGGGUAAGGGUUGGCUGGGAGGGGUAGAGGGCUAGCAACGUUAGGGGAAAGGGAAAAGUGGUGCAGAAACAUGCGCUAUUGGGACAAAAGAGGGUGCGCAACAAAUGUUGCGGGCUGGUUAGCAGGGUUUUGGGAAGUGGAAAAUCCGGAAAGCGAUGCGGAAAUUAUUUGCUGUUUUAUUUCAAAAUACGCGGCAAAUGAAACCAAAUGCCAGUGAGAACUAUGAUAAUAUUUUAUAUGAGCAAAUUUAAUGUUGCUGGCAACAUGUUACUAUAAUACUACUUUUUUUGGAGAAAAUAGGCGCAACUUGUAAUAUUUAUCAACAUAAUCUGUGAAAGACUCUAUGCCUAUGAACAAUAUUUUAAAAGCUCGUAACAUUUUCCUGCUACAGCAUGCUGCUGGUAACAUAGUGUCAAAAAAGUAGGUGUUUCGAAAUUCCGAACAUUUUAGAGAGUACAAUUCGUCAGUAGCAACAAGUUGCUGACAACACUGCAGCAGCAACAUGCCACAGGCAAUAUAUAGUCCAAAAGUAUGUAGCUCGACAUGUCAACAUUUCGACAAGUAAGUAUUGCAAUUUCAAAAGUCCACCAAGCCAAUAUUUUUAUUGCAAUAUGUUGCCGAAAAAUAUGUUGUCAAACACUGCUGCAUGGCGUAUAAGUCUGAGAAAUUGUCAAUGACAUUUUCAAUCAGCCUUGUGGAAAUGUAAACAAAAAAUAGUUCAGCAACAUGUUUCCGAGUCGCGGGUAUAUGUUGCGCAACAUUGCUGCAAACAAACUGAAACCGAAAAAUCUCUGCUAAAAUAGUAAAAUAGUAGCUCUGAACUAAAUAGUAUGUAGUUGAGCUAAAUUUUUCCCUAAAAGUGGCCGGUGAAAAAUAGACAGUCAAUAUGUUGCUGGCAACACUGAAAUUGCAUUUGUACGGCAGUACAGUGCUUUGAGUGUAAUAGACUCGAUUGCCGUUGAAUCGGCGUAAAAUAUUUCGAAGUAAAGGGCAUGAAAAUUUGUGGCCUACAUUCGGGCGCUGAUCG